AUGUCUGAACAUCCAUCGGAACAGCUUAGUGCAGAUUAUGGAUUAGAGUCUGGCGGAUACUUGCAUUACACGCGCUCACCAUUGCCGACGCGAGUCAGCAGUGCGUGCGAGAGAUGCCGUCGCCACAAGACUCGGUGUGAUCCUUUCCGACCUUGCUCACUCUGCGCACGAGCAAAAGUGGAUUGCCAACCACUUCCUGCUAGUCGGACCCGCAGGGAUAGCACUCGGAAAGCAAAGAGAACUCUGCGAAGUCAUGAGCGACAGAGAACCGCAUCAACAGCUGCCGCUGACCAGCCCUCAGAGAGCUUUGAUGGCGCCAGCAAUGGGGCUCCAUCAGUCGGGGCUACUAAUCAUGACAGCCGCAUAACUACAGACGGCCGUGUUACACAUCCGGCAGUCGACUACGGUGAAGCUGAAUCUACCAUGGGAAUUGUGCAAAAAAUCUGCGAACUUGGUAGGCAGCAUAUUGAUGAGCAAGCCACUUCUGCUAUUCCUGGCUACCGAGCGAGCACCAGCGUUGCCAAGCGGCACGCAGCAACUGUCGGACAGCGGCUUCCCAUUGCUUCAAUACUAGGUCAGGAUCUACCGCCGACGGAUAUGAUGUAUUCGUUGCUCGAGGACUACUUUGAUGCAGUCCAUUGGUUUUCUCUUGCUAUUUAUGAACCUACCUUUCGCAGGAAGCUCCUGUCCGUCGCUGAUGGGCUUGCGUAUCCCUCCCAGAAAUCAUUCUUGCUACUCCUUGCAGUCGUCCUGGGUAUGGGGGCGUGGUAUCGAUCCCAAAGGAGGACAACUGAUUUGACCGACAAUGGCGAUUGGCAACAAUUGAGUGCAAACCUCUUGAAGAUCGUCGAGUCGCAUAUUCUUGAGUUGAUGGACCAACCUUCCGUCACAGCAGCCCAGAUAUGCAUACUCUUCGGAUCAUACCACGUCUAUCACGGACGUCCCAAUCUGUCCUUCUCUUUACUCGGUGCGACUAUCAAGAUAUCGCAGGCGGCAGGGUUGCACCGUGAACCUUCGAGGGGCAGCUUUGAGGAUAUUGAAGAAAGGAAACGCGUAUGGUGGACCAUUUACACUUGGGAUAGAUUUGCGUCGAUCACAUACGGCCGACCACUAGGAAUCAACGACAAGGACUGCAAUCUCAACAUGCCAGCGGAUAUUUUUGAAAAUCCCUACUUUGUUGCCCCGAGAUCGGAGCAAGGAUAUACUGUCUGCUACUCCACGUAUCAAAGGGAAUUGAAUCGUCUUUACCUCAUGGCGUCCACUGCCCUGGAGGCAAUUUUCGGCUCGCGGACGUCAGGCUCGUCCGAGGAACUAGCGGGGGACGCAUACGUUGCGCUCGUCAAAGAAGCGACUCAAAACCUUCAGAGAUGGCGGAAUGAAUUACCUGAGCAUCUAGUCCUGGACCUGGAGAGGGAUUUCCUGCCUGACAGUGGGCUCAGUGCGAGGGCACAUGCCUUACAAUCGUUGUCCCUGCAAUUGACCUACGAUAACAUUCUCAUUGUCCUCCACCGGCCUUUAUUGGCAAGGCAAGUUGAUCACCUAUCGACAAAUCCACAGAGAGACCCAGCAUUGGAUGCUGUAUCACCGAAUGCAUCUGUUACAAGUCCUGUGCACUGGUGGAAUGCCGCCUUGAGAACAUCCCGAGUGACUGAGUUACCGGUCCUGGCUCAGCUUGCGACGGAUAGUCAUUUGGUUGCCUUCUUGGCAAUAAACCUGUUCAACGCGGCAAUUGUGCUGGCGGUCAUGGCGCUGUCAGAUCCCCUCUCCGACACAGCACAGGUCGUCAAGCGGACAAUCACUCGUAUCCUGCGUCUACAGGACCUUCUUGGAAAGCGCUCUGCAUUAUCGAAGCAAAGUACGACAGUUUUGAAGAAUGUGGUCACAUUGCUUCUCCGCCGUGAAUCAGAGGCUAUUCUGGCUCCAAUCACGACGAACAAUCAGCAAGAAGGUCACCAGUCUUUAGUAGACUCUGCACCAAUGUCAGUGGAAGAUACCCUCCGACUCCCUCUCGACGCGACAGUUGACUUUUUCGACGCCCCGGCGCGACGGCCGGCAUGGCCUGACCAGAACAGGGCUCAGCGCCUCAACGAAAGUUUAGCAUCAGUUCAAUUCGUCGUUCCCUCCGGCAAUGAUGCUCAUUCCUUCAACUGGUAUGCGAGUGGAGACACUCACCAAGCUCGCGGUACCAUUCAGGACACGAUACAGCCAGACCAUACAUGGCAGCAAUCUGCCCCGAACGAAUGGCAUGACCCAGCCUACGGAACAGGUGAACGGGGGUUAUACUGGCUAUGGGAUAUGUCAUGGAAUGGAACGGAGUCAUAA